AUGGAGUCAUCUUCAUCCGAGCGAGUGGAAAACCGGAAGGAAUCUGUUUGGAAAGCCGGGAGCAUUUGGGUUGAACCGUUUCCCGGAGAAAAUUCUCCCCCGAAUCACACCGUGUCCUCGGACGAGACCGCAUUAUCCAACAGUCAACAGUCCCGUGUACAUUAUUCACGAAUCAAUUAUUACAGGGACACAAUGAAUAUCCGUUUGUUUGGCAAGCGAGGUGAUGCUUUCCUUGUCCGCGUAAGCACUCGAAGCAGUCCAACUCACAUGUUUGAUGGCUACCCGAUACCAGCCCAGUCGUCCGGUAUCAGUGUAUGCGUCCAGUCGAAACAAACUGACGUUUUGGAGGUACGUUGGAACCCGGCUUUGACGGACAGUAUGAGACCGGUCUACUGUAUAGCAGUCAACACGGAGCAAAAUUUACCCUAUCGUUGCUCAGCUAUGGCACGUCUCAGACCACUGAGCGACGGUCAAUUUCAUCGACCACAAGUGUUCCGUGAAACCGAUCACUUGCGACUGAGCCUGAUUGAAUCGAGUGUAUAUCAAUGCGUGAAUACAACCAGAGCCAGGAUAAAACUUCCACCUAAACUGGUUCGAUUUAUCACCUCGUCCGGAUCAAGUUCGGUCGGAAAGAAACUUUACGUCAACGUCUAUGUGAUCAAUCCACGCACUGAGUUGAGUUCAUCCUACGCCCCGUCAAUUGAACCAAUCCCGAUACGUUUGUGUCAUUCAAUCCGCGCUCCAAGUCACAUCCCGGUUCGUGUGAAUGCCACACCAACUUACUUGGCUUGGAAUGCGGAAGUGAUUUUCGAUUGGCCCACCACAGACACCAGUCCGCCAACUAGUACCAUUCCAUCAGCGCAACUAUUUUUUCAACCGUGUCAGUUGGCCAAAUCCAAUCAGGAUCACUAUACACUUCAUUUGUUCAAAGUGAAACAGACAAAUUCGCAAACCGAGAAGGAGUUGUUUCAAGUGGUUGUAAACAGCAGUCAGAUCAUUCGAGUGACGAAUCAACUGCACCCGGGCAGCUACAGACUGUACAUGGACGGAUCGGCUGCAUUCAAAUCUGGGGAGCAUGUAGCGCGUUUCUUUAUCCUGGGCGACAAGUCGAAUCUGUUACCCAAACGGCCACAUUUAACUGCGUUUCGGUGGCUCAGCCAUGACCUGAGACGCCCAGUUUUAUGUCUUACCUCACCGGGUCAAACGCAGCUGACACUGUUCACUCCAGCUCACGAUCGAGCAGACUAUCCACGCUACUAUUACCUUGCCGUGUACACUGCACACGGUAAUGAUCAUCAAGGUCGCUAUCAGGAACUGCUCGUUCAAGCCGUACUGGAUGCCUGUAUGAUCACCGUGGACAGUUGUUAUCAAAAUCGUCAAGCCACGUGCAGUCUGGUUUAUCCGGAUCAUUAUCCCGCGAAUUUUAACAGUUCCAUCUUUCAAGGAUUUAGUUUAUUUCAAUCGAUCCCGUCCGUUCAUCAACCCAGUUGUUCAUUUGGAUAG